AUGCUCUCCGUGCCGCGCUUCGUGCGCAUCUUCCUCGUCGCGCUCGUGCUCGUGACUGUGCCGACCGUGUUCAUCUUCUACCCCGCGACGCCGGAAGCGGACACGGGCGCCGUGUCGCUCGAACAGGGCGGGAUAGAUUCGGAGCACUGGCGCGCGCCGGGCGGGAUGGGGGUGGGG